UCUGCUUUUCCGUUACUUAGUCUCAAGAGCUGUUAUACCCCUCACCUCUGGGACUGUCCAUGGUAGACAUGGAGGAUACAAUGUUAGAUGUAAGCCUCCUCUAUCCAUCAGAGGGCGACACCUUGGUUCUGGACACAGACUCAUAUGAUCAGGAUGGCUGUGAUGUUCCAGAUCCUGGGGUGCUCUCAGAAAAGAAUGAACCGAGUCUGGUGGAGUCACCAAAGGUCCUGCACUUCUUUACAAAUAACCAGAGGUGGCAGAAAAUGACACUGCGUUCCCGUGCCCGACAGCUGUGGCUACUCCUACGUGUAUACCUCCAUGACAUUGUGGAAAAGGAGAAAAGAGCAGAGCUGCGGGUCGCUCGAAUGACACAUGGGCUGGAGCCACUGCGUCGUCUGGAGGUGGCAGCUGGACUGUGCUCAGUAGCGCAGGACCCAGUGGGUGGACGCUUCGUGGUACUAGAUGGUGCAGGUUACCUGCAUCAGCACACCAAGGAUGGCUGGGUGCAGACAAAGCUGAAGGCUCCCAUGGAGCUUCAUGGGCUAGUGACUGUGCCUGGCCCUCUGGGAGAAGUGGGCCGCUUCGUAGGCUGGGGCCCAGCUGGACUGACCAUAUUAGGGCAAGACUUCCAGGUGCUCUGGCUGAGCAAGUCACAGGUGAAAAGGAAACUGGGCCAGGAGCCUUUUUGUUGCUUACCAGUGCCCAGCCUAGGACUGUUGAUUGUGGCCCAGGUGGCAGGCAGCCUGGAGCUCUGGAAGUUCCGUUUAGGUGGCCGCCGCCUGGUGUCCUGUGGCUCACCUUUGCAACCACCACCAGGCAUGUGUGGCAAUCUCAAGCGACUGGCUCUAGGGCCAAAAACUAGACACUGCACCCGGUGUUGCUUUGCUGCCUAUGGCUCUGCAGUGCUCACUUUUAAUCUGGACUCCUGGACUCUAAUGAAUGUGUGCCGGGAUCUGCAUAAAACCAUCAUCUCAGACCUGGAGUACUGUGAAGCAGAAGAAGCCAUGGUGACAGCUUCCCGGGACAGUACUGUGAAGGUGUGGGAGGCUGAUUGGCAGAUCCGGAUGGUGUUCGUGGGCCACACAGGCCCAGUGACAGCUAUGACAGUCCUCCGGAACAGCUCUCUGGUAGUGUCCGCCUCACAGGAUGGGACACUUCGCACAUGGGACCUGAGGGCUGCAGCUCAGGUGGGAGAGGUAUCACUGGGUUCCUGGAACCAAGACACGUUCUCUGAGAGAGUGAGACAUUUGCUGGCUCCUGCAGGUCCUGGCUGGCCUGUGUUCUCUCUGUGCGCAAAAACUAUGGCGCUGUGGCGUGUGUGUGACCUCUAUUCACCAUUAGCACAGCUAUCCGCUCCAGUGGUCCAUGUCCAGGUGGCGCCAGUGCUCCCGGCACCAACUGAGCCAUCUCUGCCCUCUCGCCUUGUAUGCGCCUGUGCAGAUGGGUCUGUCUAUCUGGUGUCAGCUGCUACAGGACAAACCGUGAGUUCACUGCUGCUGGAACCGGAGGACUGUGCAGUUGGUGUGGCUUAUUGUUUGUCUCGAGAAGCGCUGUGGGUGCUGACAUGCUCGGGGCACCUAGUGCGCGCCAAUGCGGCACGCAACCCUAUGGUUGUAUUAUACCGCCAGCAUCCACCUCCACUCCCAGCCCCACAGCCCUGCUGCCUGCACCUCUAUAACCAUCUCACAGAUGCUCGUAGUGCGUUUGCCUGCUGGGAGAUGGUGCGCCAGAGUAAGGGUGACAUACUACUCAGUGCCAUGGCCUGGGCCUUGAAAACUAAGAACAGGUUCUUACCAUUGAUGGGGCACUCUGAUGGCACACUGUCUGUAAUGGAUUGGCGUACAUCAGUGACAGUCUUUAGUGUAGAAGCACACAGCCCAGGACCAGUGACUGCUAUUGCGUCCACCUGGAGCACCAUUGUGACUUCAGGUGGUGAUCUGACAGUAAAGAUGUGGCAUGCAUUCCCAUAUGCCGAGGAGAGCCUGAGCCUGCUAUGCACCUUUUCCUGUUGCCACCCAGUGGUAACGCUCUGUGUUCUGGACAAACGUAUCACUGUAGCCUUUGAGGAUCCAGAAAGUGCCACCUAUGGCUUGGUGCAGUUUGGCCUGGGUGACAAAAUGCGCUGUGACCACCGGCCACAGGAUGACCCUAUGGACCACAUCACUGGCCUAUGCUGCUGCCCCACCCUCAAGCUAUAUGCCUGCUCCAGCCUGGACUGCACCAUCCGAAUCUGGACCUGGGAGAACCGCCUGCUGCGGCUCCUGCAGCUGGAUGGUCCCCCUCAGGCCCUGGCCUUUUCCAGUGACAGUGGAGACCUGGUAUUUGCACUAGGUUCCCGCCUCUGCCUGGUGUCCCACAAGCUCUACCUACCUACAUCUUAUCUGCUUAAGAAAUUGUGUCAGAAGGUCCCUGAUGUGGUGAAUGACCCUCCACUGCCACUGGACAUCUGGAACCCACUGACAGUCACCCAGUUGAAGAAGCUUACCCGUCUACAUGGAGCAGCCAGCCUCAGCGUGACCUUGCCCUCCAUCCGUCAACAGAAAGCAAUACUUCAGCAGCCAGUGUCGAAGGAGGACUUGAAGUAUAUCAUGGCCCGGGAUCAAGACCUUCAAAAACUGAGGAAAGGACUAGUGUUCCCAGCAGCUCCGCCCCCACUCUCCUGGGAGGGACGCCAGGAAGCCUUUGACAAUUACUUACGUCUGAUCUAUGCUUCUGACAUGUUGGUAGGUGUGGGAUCAGUCCUAGGCCAUGCCAUGACCUUCACCCUAUCUGAUACAAGCUUCCUGUUUUUCCUGUCUCAGAACAUAAAAUCUGGAAGGGAGUUCUUGCAGUGGAACACUGCGGGCCUCGCCACAGAGAAAGAAUGCCAGGACAAGGAGACCCAGGCCGGAGCUGCCACCAGUGGUGGGCAGGCUACACUUAGUGUUGAUGUUCAGCCAGUGUCCUCACAUUCAGCCUUCCAAACCCCGGGAGCCCCAGGCAGGCGCUUUGCCCGCCCUCCCCGAGUCUCCUUGCCCAUUCCACCCACUCACCGUGUGGUGCAUAGCCGGGCAUCCCAGCUUCUAGCACGUUCCUCCCUGAGCUGUGAGCUGGGCCUUAGUUUGGACCUGCAGCUGAAGUGGGAUCAGUGUGGAGGAAAGACCGUGGACCUGAAAACAUCAUCCUACUACCUGCGGCAUAGGGUUCCGCUGUUGCUGCACAGAAGGCCUAAAGAGCCUCUCUCAAAUCUAGGGGGCUUCUUUCCUGCCACCAUACAACCCCACAGGAAACGCACUCGGCCCAUCAAUUUUCCUGGCUGUGUGCCCAACUCUGUGAUACUGCAGCAGAUGUGGUUGCAGGCAGAGGUCGGCUGCCUUGGCUCCCUAGUAGAACUCGAUACCCAGCACAGACUCAAGCCAUAUGGAAGCGAUGACCAGUGGCUAAAGCGCCGAAAGCAUUCUACUCUCAGGUGGCGAAGGAAACUGCACCAUUGGCUUAAGAGGCCACAUAAGAAAGGUGAAGAAGAGGAAGACUAUGAUGAAUACGACGAAGAGUUGGAACUGGACUGGGACUUCAUUUCUGAAGAGCAGCCAGAACCCUGGGAACGAGACACUCAAGGCCCCACAGACUUGACCGGAGAAGACCAGGAAGCCUCCGAGAUCAGCAUCCACUUGGCUCCCCAGGACCACCUCGAGGGCCCACUCUCGGAAGAGCGCCCACUCUCGGAAGAGCGCCCACUCUCGGAAGAGCGCCCACUCUCGGAAGAGCGCCCACUCUGGGAAGAGCGCAAUAGACAUUUGCCCAGUUUCCUGCAUUAUUUUGUUGUCCAGAACUGGUUCAAAAAGCUGUUCCCUAUCUUUAGCCUGGAGGCCUAUCCAGAAAUGGGCACCGUAGAGGGCCUGGCUUCGAUGUUUGUGGACUUCCUGGUACAGGCUACCUGGGCAGACCGAGUGAAUAUUCUGCAUGCCCUGCUGAGACUGUUUCCUGAAAUGAGCAAUGAACUCUGCAGCCGGUUGCAGGCCAAACUCUUGUACUUGCUCAAUCUUGACCAGCCCCCUAGCCUCCAGGACAAGACUCAGAAGCAGUUUGUGAUGCUGGCGCUGCAGUUGCUCCUGGCCUGCAGCUUGGAUGUCCUUGAUGUGGUUUUGGAGAUUAUGUCCUACUACCUCUACUCUCCAGCUGCUUGUCAGAAAGAACUCAGGAAUCUGCUGCGUGGGCUGGGCCUACAAGAUGCACAGGGCUUCCUGUUUAAGGAGAUGAUGAGCUGGUCUGAGAACUUGAACCUUGACUCCAAGUCCAUGAUACGCGCACAAUGCCAACAGAAGCUUGAGGAAAUGAUUCUUCAGGUGAAUAGCUUGGAGCGUCCUGUAGCCAGUGUUUCUGGGGAGGUCUCCUCGCAAGCCUCCCUCAUUUCUGGGGUGCCCUUGCCUGCCUUGAGCACCUCUUGGACACCCUUAAGAGAAUCGGACGUAUCCUUGCGUGUUCAAGAGAUGGUGCCUUCACCUAUGGAGCCUCUGAUAUCUGCCUUAGACCUCCAGGCUGCAAUCACAAAGGCACAUUCACGCAUCCGGCCAACCAAAAGAGUACUUGCUGAUGCACUGCGUGUCUUCUGUUCUGAGGGCCACUUGCCUAUCACUGUGUCUACUACAUUAAAAAGAAGGCCAUUGCCACUGGAGCAAACAGAAUGGUCACAGUCUCAGCUGCUGGACCUGUUUUAUAUUGAUGUGCUUAAUUUCUUCAGUGAGAAGCAACAAGCACAGCUGCAGAACUUGACAGAGGAGGAGGUGGAAGAGCAGAGACACUUACCUGGCUCACGCCUAGGCCAGCUAAGGCCCAACAUUGUGGUGCGGCCGCCCCGGGAACGCUGGCUCUAUCCCAUUUUUCGGCUGCAGGAGACCAAGCCACAAAGUUUUAGGAUGUUUCUCAGGGGUCAUAGACUGUUCCGCCGGGCCCCAGCUCGUGAUGGUGCCCUCCGGGUGCUGAAGCUGCCACUGCCACGAGUGGAGUUGCAGCCCUUUCCUCCAGGUUGGCCAGCACCCCCACGGGCACUGCCCCCACUGCUCCUGCAGCCUACACUGCAACGCUACUUUCUGCUCCAAGAUACAAACCCAGACACCUAAGGUUGACCUGGGGGACAGAUAGUCAAGGCUCCAUGGCCAAGGCCCAGUCCUAACACCUUGGCAAAUGACAAUAUCAUGUUUGGCCUGAAUUAAAAAAUAUAUAUACACACACA